AUGGUGCGCCUCGUAGCUGGAUGUCUCCCCUUGGGUAAGUAGCCAAGCCUUUCUCCUUUGUUGGCACUGGGUGUCCUUCGUGUUGACACAUUUAUCAGCCUGGUGUUUCGGAUUCUCUCUCGAGUUCAUCAUCAGAGACAUAAUCGGAUAGGGGUAGUGGAUCGCACAGGUGUUGCAGCAUUUGUGGGAUGUAGUUGCUGGGUGAACGGUUACCCGCGCAAAUUCGUCAACCACUGCCUGCGCAAAGGAGAUGAGGGAUGAAAUCCAUACGACCCCGGAUUUUAGCGACGUCUCCCGUUCGCGAGAAUCGUCUCGGAAGCCGUCAGCCACCUUCUGACGCCCCUUAGAAUUGGAGUUGCACGCGGACCGGAGGCAACCAUAAAGCGCCAGAUCACGAGACGAGAGACUCACUGCCACGUCAAGGGACAUCUGGAGUCGUUCACCGGCUCUGGUGCACUUAUGGGCAAAACACCUAUGUCGGAGGAACCAGAACACUACCCGGACUCGGAUGGCUGAGCACGCAGCAGCAGUGAGGGUGGACACAAUCGGCUCUCAUGUCGCGCCUCAUUCGACGGGACGCCUCUUCGCUUCCAUUGACACACUUGCCUUAGUGAUUCGUUUGCCAUGACGCAAUGCUGUGGCAUCACAAGCAGAAACACCACUUCGGCCUACCGCUUCGACGAUUUUUAACUCGUAACCCCUCACAAAGCGUGCAGACUCAAGGUUACAGUGUGUCCAGCAGCAGCCAUGGUUGCACACGGAAUUUGAGUUUAACCAGGGAAAGGCUCAAUGUCUAUCGGGAGGAUUGCGAAAACCAGCGGUCGGCUUGAAGCGUGACCUGCGGAGCUCAGAUUCCAUAUUUAGCGACAUUUGUGGUGAACGUGUGUUCCGGUGUCUCUGCCAGCUCGUGAAAUUACUUUACUGGGCCGUACUCAUCUGCUGGGGUACAUUUUUGCGAGUUAAAACCACAGCACUCUGCACCUUAUGUGGUUGCGUUUCUCCACGAUAUGACUGUUUUGGAGGACGUCCUUCACAAUGCCCCUACACCCUUGGCGACCCCUGCAGUGAAGUCGAGCCACUUUCCUACCCAACAGCGGGGACCGAGAACUGAGGACCUGAGAACCACCUUGACGAUCUGUGUCGAGCAGACCCCACAACAUCAGCUUAGUCGGCGACUUUAUCUUCGUACUCUGGGAAAUGAACUCAUAAGGUUCAGAACUGCUCACGAGCGAUACCUCGCGGGUUUGGCUGAUAAGCUAAACCGACUCGUGCCGGCCACUGGUGUUUCAGAGCCGUAAGUCAGGUGCUGGUCUGGGGUUAAGAGCUCUUUCUGUGAUUUGAUAGAGCCCUACAUCCAACUGGAGUAGGUUAUUCAAACCUGACCCUGCAUAACACUCGACGACGGGCUUUCCUGGUACCCGCUUUGCAGUAUAAGCUUUAUUUUGUAUUAUUUGUCGACACUGACUUUAAUACUGACAGUUUCGGUAAGCUUAACUCGGUGCGAAAUUCACAGCGCUUGCUCUGGUUGUGGGGGGGGGGUUAAGUUGAAAAAUCACAGGGCCAUUUGCGAUGUAGUGGGGAGUCUGCUAGAUCUGUAAUAGCCCCUGUCUACUUUGUUUCACCUCCCGCAUGAUUGAGGAGUUUCUGUUCUACCUAAGUCAUGUGGUCGCCCGACUGUAGGCGUUAGAUCCUCACCUGGAAGGUGCGGUGAUUUGGAUCCGACUCUCGUGCGUAGCCCGUGAAACAUCCUGCCAACUCAUGAAAGGUCAGCCAAAAUUCCGAAAUGAGUUUCCGUUUGGAACGAUUAACUAAAUAACGUUGUAAAACUAAUCAUUGGGCAGCAUAUUCCAGUUACGUAAGGGUGCCGGCUUUCCGAAGGAUUUUCUUUCGGCUGCAUAUAAAAACUAUACUCUGUGAAAAUGACUACAUUAUUAUUAUUAUACAUUUUUCUCAUGCCAUUAAACACUAAAUUAUAUUUCAUAGAAAACACGCAUACAACUAUUCAUCAAUUUGCUCAUUCGGUAGAAAAUGACGUCUUCUUUCAAUUUUAUACCUAAGGAAAUUUAUUAUUCUGCGUCAAAUAGUAUCUAAUUGUGAGAUUUUCUAAUGCCGUAAAAUAGCCGUACAUAAAACGUCAUGUCUCUGCAUCUACCAACGUGACUUUUAAAGUUAACAAUGUGGCUCAAAGCCCCUGCUAAAUUUUAUGAAUCCCUUUUGGUCUCCUCCUAAUCCCAUGAAGAAAUGUAUGUUUUCCAUACUCGGAAAAUAUACUGCUUGUUGUUCGAAAACCCUGGUUGCAGUUGUAACAUCACAUCGGGCUCAAAAUUAUUCAGUAAUGGAAAAAAAGUUAUUCAAAAUCAAAUUACACACUCUUUUUGAGUGUGAGCCUGGAAGAAGACGUAAUCCUUCACCGAAUGAACAAAGGACUGCAUAUUUUAUGCGUGUUUUCGCUGAAACAUGAUUGAAUUUUCAAGGGCAAUUGAAAUGCAUACUAAUUGCGUACUCACGUUCUACAGAGAGUAGUUUUUUGCACGUGGCCAGAAAGGAGUUCUUUCGAAAGCCGGCAUCCUGAGGUAUUAUAGAAUUACGCUGCAUGAGAGUAAGGUUUACAAUCCUACCUUAUUAAUAUUUUCGGAAGACAUUUUGGAAUUUUGGUCGACAUUCCAUGAGUUAGGCCAUCUACUGUGUAGUACUGACAGUUUUCAUUGUGAACUUCCCAGCGCUUGCCCUGGUCGGUAGCAACCUAAGUUGAAAAAUUACACGGCCGUCUGCGAUUUGGACGUUGAGUGGGAAGUCUGCUAGAUCCAUGAUAGCUCCUGCUGGCUUCAUUUCACCUUCCGCCUGAUUGGGGAGCUUUCGUUGUCCCAAAAUCGUGUGGUUUUCCUAGUGUAGGUGCGGUGAUCUGCAUCCCACUCUGUGAAACAUCCUGGUCAACCUCCUUUUCGUUGCCUACUGGCGGUCAUAGACUUUGUAUCACAGUCGAGUCCUACCGUAUCUCUCGGUUUUCCCUCUAUUUUCCGCAGGAUAUUUCCUCUUCAUGAUGCUUUUCGCGUCCUCGUCUCUGGUACCUUACCUCCUUGCCGGUAUCGGAUUAUCGGUUUCCCUCAUGCUUGUCGUCUUGGCACACGUCUGCAUCGUUUGGUACGCCGGUGGGACCUGGGAAGGUCAUCCCACCGUGAGGAGGUUGUGUGAAAUCUCAAAGCGUGUUAAGGAGACCCCACCGGAGGAGGGUGACCCCCCGGAGCUAGCGGCCAUUCGUUCUCUCUCGAGGUGCGUCAUAAAUUCCCUCGUCUUCGUACUAUUAUUAUUAUCAUUAUUAUCGACUUUUUCCAUCACCUAUACGACUCCUACUUUGGUAUUGCUAUGGUGCAAGUACAGUAGGUGGGCUAACUCAUGAAAUGUCAACAGAAAUUCCGAAAUGCAUUUCCGUUUCGAAAAUAUUAAUUAAGUAGGGUUGUAAAACUAGUCAGCCUGCAACAUAAUUCUAUCAUAAUUCAGCUACCCCAGGACGCCGGCUUUCGAACAAGCUUUUUUGGCUGCAUCCAAAAACCAUACUCCGUGAAAAAUGUCUACUUAAGUAGAAUGCAUUUUUUCCUUGAUUUUUCGAUGCCCUUAAAGAUUCAACUAUAUUUCAUGGAAAACAUGCAUAAACAUACACCUUAUUUUACUCAUUCGAUAAAAAUGACGUCUUUUUCCAAUUUUUUACUCGAAGGAAGGGAAUAAUUCGGUCUUAAAAAGGUUUCUUAUUGUUGGAUUUUUUAAUACCGUGAAAUGGCCCUUCAUAAAGCGUCAUGCCUCUGCAUUUACCAAUGUGCCUCAAAUUCAUUGCUUAAUUUUAUGAACCCUAUAUGGCCCUCCUUUAUUACCGUAGAGAAAUGUAUGGUCUUCCGUACGCGGAAAUUAUACGGCUUGUAGUUUGGGAACCCUGAAUGCAAUUGUAACGGCAUGUUGGGUUCAAGAUUAUUCGGGAAUUGGAAAAGUUUUAUAAAACCGAAUUAUACCCUUCCUUCGAGUGUAAAAUUAAAAGAAGACGUAAUUGUCUACUGGAUGAGCAAAAGAAUGAAUACUUUUAUGCAUGUUUUCCAUGGAAUAUAAUUGCAUCUUUAAGAGCAUCGAAAAAUCAAUGAAAAAUAUGCAUGCUACUUAAGUAGUCAUUUUUCACGGAGUAUGAUUUUGGAUGCAGCCGAAAAGAAAUUUGUUCGAAAGCCGGUGUCCUGUGACAACUGAAUUAUUAUACAAUUAUGCUGCACGAUGAUUGGUUUUACAACCCUACUUAAUUAGUCUUUUCGAAACGGAAACGCAUUUCCGAAUUUCUGUUGAGAUUUCAUGAGUUAGCCCGCCUACUGUAUAAAAGAACUGUCCGAUCAGUCACCGUACUGCAAAAGACAGAGCUUUCCUGAAAUCACACCAUGUCAUUGGAUAACUCCCUUUAGAGGCGUGACUAGCUAGGGCAGCAUGUUUUCUUGACCGAACUCACCGUAGAGGCAGGCGCAUCCUAGACCCCCUUUUAGUUAUGACCGUAGUCCUGGCUGCGAGAACGGCUGCCAUUUUACAAUACCCUCUGGAAUUGGUCACUUUAAUAAAGUCUCAAAAGACUUAGUUGCCCCGGCUGUCUGGCACGUCCACAGGUGACGGAUAGUGGAGCGGCCUUCGGCGAAGACUAGUUGCGAAACAAGCAGUCGCGGACCAGCAGCGACAAUGCCACCAGGGCGCGGGGAGCCUACCGUAUUAUAAAUGUCGCAAAGUCCGAUGUCGACCGUGAACUUCCAGUAAAUAAGUCUGCCUACCAUUACUGCCUCGCGCUUAGGUUCUCUGUCGAAAGUGCUAGAAGAAACAACCUCAAACAAUUAGAGCGGCUGUCGGGAUCCUGCCUGUACCCAAAAUCCCCCCGGAAACCUCACGAAUUUGUCUGGCUACAGCAUUUUGGCGCAUGCCACGGCGUCAGCGGGGACCGAUGCUUCGCAGUGAUGCGGGUGAAUAGUAUGCGAGCUGGACUACUCAACCAGAAACGAGCUCUGGGUGUUGGAUGCUGGAAUAUACGAGCUUUUCUGGACCCUGGUACCCAAAGUCUGACGGCGUGUAGUCUUCAUCAGUACAGCGGGGAUCUCCGCUGUCUGUCUGAAGUCCGGAUCUCCGGAGACAAGAAUCCCAGGAGUCAAAUCCCGCCUCCCUCUGUGGCACAGUGACUCACGCGACUCUUUUGGUAGACACGCUGUGGCUAUCGCCCUCGUAAUAAGCAAACCGCGUGCUAGCGUGAGAACCAGUCAAUGACCGGAUGGUUUAUGUGAGACAGAAAUACGGUUCCGUCUAACGAUCUGAGUCAAUGAAGAAGGCAGUGGCUGGAUCAGCGUAAGAACCCUACAACUGUUUCCCCAGACGAUUCUAGCCAGUUCCCGCAAUGAUGCCUCCUUCAACAAACUCCGGAAAAUGACGGCAAAGUCGGCUAAAAAUGACCGGCAGAAAUAUUUCCGUGGACCAGGCCUUCGACGCUGGCGGCAUUCGAGUUAGCGGUAGGCCGCGAUGUGAGUGGCGGCUUAAUUGCCGACAUCUUGGCCAAGGUCGGUCUCUGACGUGAGCACUUCGAGAGCCUUCUCAACCUUCAUGAGCAAUCCUCACUCUCCUCUACAGGGAAUUUUAUCUCUCGGCAGCCUAUGCAGUGUCCUGUGACUACUUCUAAGCGAGGAGUUGACGAUGCAAUACAGACCCUACACAACAAAAAGGCACCCGGAGAGGACUGUAUUCCUGCGGCCCAAUCGAUGGCUGUUCGAUUAUUCGAGACUUCACGCAAUAGCCAAUCCGCAACCGUCACGCCGUAGGCAGGACUGUUCUAGAACGCUCUCAACGGCUGGCACGCCAUUGGCUGGAAUGUUUCAGAACGCACAGGGGCCAACAUAAAUAGGGCGUCUUUCUGACGAGGAGAAACCCCUCGUGUUCGCGGUCUCUCAGUAAAGUGCCCCUUUUCCCACCCCGCUCUCUUUCUAUUCCACCUAAUUCUCGGGUCAUUGCACUUUGAGUAGAAGACUUACUCUGCGCUUCUAAUCCGCCUAAGCUGCCCUCUCUACCUGGGUACUACCAACCCUAGACGCCAUGAUUUUGACCAGCCAGCCUACAUUGAAAUACUUUAUAUAGUAAAAUUACUCACCGCUUCUAAUCCGCCCAUGGUGCCCUCUGCACCAACAACAGCUGGCAGUCAGUGGCCGCACACAUUGACGCCGAAUGCAGACGGCUGGAGAAGUUCACUGCGUACAGUGGCCGCGGUCUCAUCUCCUCUUGGCCUGGUCGACGUUUCAUAGUGACCAAUUCGUGGAUACUAUUCUCCCACGCUGGCACCUUCCGACCCAUCCUGCAAUUCCUGGGUAGUCUGUGCGCCAUGGUGGUCGACACGCAAACCCUCCUGGACACCCACACAACCACGGUGAGCGGCCAUCCGGCCGGAGAGAACCUGGGAACUCAGACAAUGGCAACUGUGCGGAUCGUGGAUUCAGGCAGUGGGAUCUGCCGGCUCUCCGUCGUGUGAGUCUUGCUCAUUAUUUCAGAUUUGUUUACUGUGCCAUCUGGAUCCUUUCUGAAUGUCAACUGUGCCCCCUUUUGAGUCCUCGUCGCUGCGGUAUUCUCUCAAGGUAGGUAGAGGUGUUCUUCAUGGCUCCUCCUUCUCCUUCCCCGCGCUUUGAGAUUGUUUCCAACACUGGGCAUCCUUCCUGAUGAGUUCUUCAUAGGCUUCUGUCGUGCUAGGAAAUUCAAACGAUGGACUGCGUUUUUGUGCGUAAUCCUUGGAUCGAGUUGGCCCAUGCCUCAACCGCAGACUGGACCGCAUCACAUAUAUCCUCAUCAACGGAUGCACUGUGGCGGUUAAGGGUGUGAGGUCAACUUAAACCACACACAAUAAGUUCGUUUCGCCUACUGUCAGAAGCCAGGGAGCUGGGAGGACUAGUUUAUUCUGUACACAGGUCAGGUUGCCGUAAGUUAGCUGUUUGCUUGCAACAGAGAUAAGCGUCCGUUCACGGAGAGCGUCAGUUGCAGUGUACAGUUUACGCGGGGGGCGGGGAGUCUGCGUCAGUAGGUGGGGCUGACUGACUGAGUGCUGGUCAUGAGAUUGGACGGAUUAGGGGGAGGCAUAAUUACAGGGGCUCACGGGUAUCAGUCCAGGUCGUCCGAGGCGUGUGAGGAGAGCCAUACAUUCCUUUAUGCCAAUAAAAAGUGCCAUAUGGUGCUCAUAACGGUUUUCAACGAACGUGGACUAUGUCGCAUAAUUAAUUAGGAGCGCUAUCAAAUAGACAAUUACGAUGCUAUUUGAGUAAAUGUUGUACUCCCUUGGAAAAUCUCAUAAUUAAACGUUUUUUUUAAGUCGAAGGGUAUCCUUUCUGCGAGUUUAAAGGUUGAACAAAAACGUUAUUUGAUACCAAAUGAUUAGAAAAGAGAGAAUGGUUGCGCAUGUUUUGUGAAAAAUAUUUUAGAAUUUAUUUGGUUACGGAGGUUCAACAGAGGAAAUGCAGGUUAAUUUGAUAAUCAUUUUUGCAAAAUGGGUUUAUCUUCAGGUGGUUAAAAGUAAUCACAUUUAGAAUCAAACAUUCUAAUAUGUCUGAAAUAAUACAAUGUGUGGCGGUCAAGGAUGUGUGAUCAUCUUAAACCACGCACAAUAAGUUCGUUUCGUCUAAUGUCAACAGUCAGGGAGCUGUGAGUAAUAGUUUAUUCUGUACACAGGGCAGGUUACCGUAAGUUGGCUGUUUGCUUGUAACAGACAUAAGAGUCCGCUCACGGAGAGCGUCAGUCGCGGUGUGUUGUUUACGCGGGAGUGAGUGUCUGGGUCAGCAGGAGGGGGUGACCGUCUGAGUGUUGGUCGUGUGACUGAACAAAUUAGGGGAGGAAUGGAGGGCGCAUACUCACGAGGCCUCAAGGGUAGCAAGUCAGAGCGUUCGACGCGCGUGAGGUGAUACUAAUUUGUGAGGGCAGCCGGGAGUCACUGCAGCUGGGCCGGAGGCGCCCCAGGUCGUGUGUCAGAGGCCUGGCAACGAUUAUCGCGGCUAUCGACCGACAAAACGAAGCCGGAGAAAAGGGGGACUGGAGCGGCUGCCACAGAAUCACACAUGAGCACAACGCAUGUACCUCCACAUGCCUCCUCCGCCACAUGUUAGAUCUGAGCAGGCUACCCCCGUGUGGAACUCCGGGGUGCGUGCUGGGGCCAGGUCGCGUGCGUGGCAAGCGUAGACGGACCGGCUACCAGGAAAGGGUAGCGCGAUUUAUGCCGACUUUCAGCACAUACUUCCUCACUAGAAACAACCUGACGCGCUUGAGACUACUUUGGUGCUCUAGAAGUCGUGACUCGGAAGGUUGUCAACUGACGAUUCAACUCGGCCAAUGCGGUCAGCCAGUGUCUCUUUGUGCGUUGAGGGCCGACUGUUGGACUGAGAGGCAGACCUGUAGGGGCACUUUCUCACACAUGUGUGAUCUGAGCCGCCUACCUCCUUUUUAUGUAUAAUUUUAGUGCGUGCAUUUGGGGGACCAGGUCGUGUACAUGGCGUGCGCAGAGGGGCUCUCUAGCUUUUUCGGUUGCUGCGUUCAAACGCCGCAUCAGACAGCUGACCUUUCUCUUUCUUACUGUGUAGAAUUUUGGUCACUUGCACGCCGGAGGGGGGAGUGUGGUAGAUGCAGCCUAAGCCGUCUCCCAGCUCCCCCCACCCUGAUUUGGAGCACACGAUGAUCAUCGUUGGAAAUGAAGGCCAAACUAUCGCAACCCUUGAGUCGGCGAACUAUGUCCCAGAGUGUCGACAGAGUGGUUAUUUAUAUUUUUAGUUGACAUCACACCAGCCGAGGCUUGGGUUGCCUCGAAGAGAGAAAAAACUUGACCGCCUUAGUUUUCCGAAUUAAAAUAUCCAAGUUAUGGCAUGUCAGUUGGAUAUGCAUCGCGUGCGCCACGGGGUGGACGCGACAGAGAUGACUUGCGUAGCAUCUAUCACACUCUCUCCCUCACCCACUCUCUAAUAGUAAGACAGUGUUGAGACGUCGGAAGUGGUGGGCUCGGACAGAUGGUUAAGGAAGCUGCACAGCAUAUGAUGGACGUUCACGGGGACGUCCGGCAAUUUCGCAUUCGUGAGAGUGCCCUAACGGCCGCAUUAGGAAAGAGCCGUUUAGCCUCACCUCAGUCUCCCAGUUAGUCACUCCACACAAACACGUAGUGAUUGCCACAAAGGCCGAGUUAUCCCCUCAGUUGUGCGUUUUGAAGGACAGGAAUAGGCAAACCGUGUCCAGAUCGCGGGUGCCCGGGGUCCUCUGGUUAGCCUGGUUGCGGACAAUUCAGCACGUCAACCGCUUCAGCGACUGCCGGUCACGAACCAUACAGAAUUAGUACGUCCAAAUAUGGCUGCGUAAUGCUGUUGGUAAGGUCACAAUCUAGGGAGGUGUUAUGAUGUGGCGAACUUCUAGUCCUCAAAUAGAACUUCACUAGCCAUCGUUCGGUACGAUCUGGCCCUCCGGAGGACUGGAUGGAGGUGUUUGCCUCUGAAUCCAGAAGCUUUCCCACACAUCCGCCGACGGUUGGGGCCUUAUUUAACAGCGUUCUCAUGUGGUCCGAGGAGCUAUGGCCAGCGCGCUCCUGUUUGACUUGUUGGUGACCAAUAACCCGGAGGGAGACACUUUCAUGUGCCCAAAGAAGAAUCAUACACCUCUUAGUGAUCCUGCUUCCCGCAUUCCCUUUUUAGCGUCCCCGUUGGUGACCUGGAGGAACUUCGAACCUACCUCCAGUUUCCCCUGAUUGUCGCUCAGGGCGUGGUUCUUGAGCCCACGAUUGUUCAACAGUUCCUCACCGCAUUUCUACGACUCGUCGCAGAGAACCCGACCGUCCGUCCCCCGGCUGAUGUGGUACGUCUUUUUUGUGCCUUCACUUGCUUCGGCCAAGUCGAGGGGCAUUUUAAAAAUCCUAAGGCGACACCCCAGUCUCCAAAAACCAAAGUCAGAAAUUGGCCAGAGCCGUCAACCAUGUCCUCAAAAAUUGCUCUAGUGCUACUUCAAUACUCUUGAGUACGUGACUGUUAGUAGGGACCGUUGCUAUAGCCUCGCGUCUUGGACCUCUCUUAGCCGACGUCUUCAUGGGCAAGCUUGAGAGAUUUAAACUAAGCCAUCAGAUCGAAAAGCUUAAACAAUACGGUCGUUACUUUGAAGACAUCUUUGUGAUUGCAACCACGGAAACCGAUGUUGCUGCCCUCCUAAAUGCUGUAAACCGAGCAUAUCCGCGUUUAAAUUCUCAUUAGAGAUGGACCGGCCGGUUCGCUUCCUUUCUUAGAUGUCCUUCUAAACAGGAGGUCUGACAAUAGCAUCCAAAGGAGCGUCUUUCGGAAGAAAACCUGGUCUGGAGAAUACACGAACUUCGCUCGCUUCGUACCUCGCCAACAAAACCGAAAUCUAGUCAGGUGUUUGUCUCAAAGAGCUGGAAAGAAAUGUUCGACAGAUAGUAUCGAGGAGGAACUCAGAAAAAUCCAGGACUUGCUUCGCGAAAUCGGGUAUCCUGACAGGUUCACUGCAAAGAACCCACCACUCUGACCGCCGAAAAGAAAGCGUUCCUCAAAGUUCCUUUCCAAGGAGACGCUGCAAGUGAACUCCUAAGAAGACGCCUUGACCAAGCUGUCUCGGGAACCUCCCCAACAGCAAGGGUUCGCAUAUCAUUCUCUACUAACCCUAUUUUACGCGAAGGCAAGGAUAGGCUGCCACCUCAGACCGCCUCAAUGUGCAUCUACUCAUUAACUUUCUCCUGUGGAACAGAUUAUAUUGGUCGUACGAGUCGGCACCUUCUCAAAGGAAUACGAGAGCACCUUCCCGCAUGGCUGGCACAAGGUGAAACUAGAAGGAUAGACAGCGCCAUCCUUGCGCAUGCAGUGGAUUCAGUGCAUCGUGUGGACCCCGCUGAAGCAUUUAUAAGGUUCCCUCGAGCAACCCUAAGCUACUGGGCCAGCGCCUGUUAGAAACAGCAGAAACGACUGCCACCAGGUUACGAAAACCGACCCUAUGCACCCAGAAGAACCUCGUUAAGGCUCAGAGAACGCUCUGCGCCCUUCUGCUUCUCACUGACUGAUGAGAAGUUAUCGAAAGUAGCGUUCGCUCGCCAGUUUGUCUUCUGAAUAUAGCUAUGGGGAUUCCCACAACUCUAAAAUGUCAUUCCCUCUAGAAAAAUUAUGCCGUUCGCAGGAAGGUGUGUGUGCAGGCGUUCUAUCAUUUGAAACAGACGAUUAUGCUACCGGUCCAUUCAUAGAUAUUUUGGCAGAUUUUGCAUAAUUCAUAUUGACCCAACUGUGAAAAACUCGGCGCCCCGGUGGGGUUCGAACCCACGCAGUAAGGGAAAGGCCUUAGUACAGCCAAUGCUCUAACCACUUGGGGUACGAGGCCCCGCCGGACGACGCGAGUCUAAUCAAAUGUUGGUCAAGUUACCCGCCCAACCUACUGCAACGUCUGGAAUCCACCAAAUCUGAUACAGUAAGUUGACUGCCCAGGCAGAAUUUCCUAAACAAUUCACCUAGAAUCCACCAGAUGACAGCCAGACUUACGUACUGCGUGGGUUUGAAUCCCACCGAGGCGCCGUUUUUCAUGGCUGACUCAAUAUGAAUUACUAACAUUACUUAAGUAGCACAUAUUUAUGUCACGCAUUGCGUGUGUGGUUCCUGCAGUGCUCUUUCUUCGUUCUAGGAACUGGAGGCCUGCAUCGGCUGCAUGAGCCAGACAGCAAACGCCUGCUUGCGCAGAAACUGCCUCAAUGCACCCGGGGCUAACUGCGGAGUGUGCCACUGUCGCCCAAUGUGGUGUGCCUCCUGCCUGGGUCGUUGGUUCGCCUCUCGAGUCACAGAGGCGCACAAACCCACCUCCGAGUGGCUGUCCUGCAGGGUGCCCUGUCCGACAUGUCGCGCCGUCUUCUGCAUCCGCGACGUGGCCUUUCUGGAGACCUAG